AUGGCGACCCUCGAGCGUCCCUCGCCCGCGAGCGCACCGCCAGCGCAGGUCGCGCAACCCGCCUCCUCGUCGUCCUUCGACCCGGCCGCCGUCCCUCUCGGCCCGACCGCGCUCGCCCGCCUCGUGACGAGCCACGACCAUGACCAGCACAGCCGAGGCGACGGCGACGACCUCGUCCAGCUCGGGCAAGAGCAGCUCUUCAGCGGCGCGAGGACGGGCGGAGCUAGAGACCAGGUCGCGCGCGAGGGCGACGGCGCAGGUGGGAGCGUGGGAGCUCGGCACCGGCCAGCAGAGAGCUCACAGGAGCUGCUCGGCUCUCUCGGCGCCGCCAAGCACGUCUUCCUGUCGGCGCUCAGCAGCCUACUGCACGACCACCUCGGCGCCACCUCGCGCCCCGUCUCGGCGCUCGUCGAGGGCGUCCCGACCGCCUCGACCUCGACCUCGUCCCCACCUCCUCCGAACCCUUUCGCCGAUCCGCCAGCGCCAACCUUCCAGCCUGCCGAUCAGCGCACAGCAGACGAGCAGGGCUCGCCCCUCCCGCCGCAGAACCCACCCGACAUCGUCCUCUCCGCCCUAGUCGGCACGCUUCGCCGCCAAUCCGCAACCUCCCUCGCCACUCCCCUACCGCCCAUGAGCUCCGUCGAGCGCGUCUCGCCCCUCAUCGGCAGCCGUCGAUCCGCGCAGUCAAGCGCGAGCGCCGACGGCGCCCUCCUCGAGGAGCUCCAAGCCCGCAUCGAGGUGACGGCCGGCGAGAUCCUCCCGCCGACCGAGGCCGACCUCGCGCGCACGCUCGCGUCGCUCCUCAUCUGCAUCGAGCGCCUCGCCGUCAUCUCGCGGUUCGACGAGCCGCACGGCCGCACGUCUCGGGCUUCGCGCCCGGCGUCGCCCGUUCAGCCCUCGUCGAACGUCUACGAGGCGCUCGAGCGCGAGGCGGCCGCGCUCAUCCAGUCGGGCAAGGACCAGCCCUCGACGUCGCCCGAGGCGGUCGUCGGCGCCGUCCGCCAGGUCGAGCAGGCCGAGCGCGACCUGCUGUGGGGCCGUGUCGACGACCUGUCCGAGCGGGUCAAGCUCUUGUCGCGGCGGCGAGCCGAGGGCGCCGAGGCGCUCGAGCACGAGCCCCGCUUGCCCGAGAACGAGUACGGCGAGCUGCCGAGCUACUCGCGCCACGGCGACGCGGCGGGCCAGUCGCACCUCCCGCCGGCGUACUACGGCGACGGCGCCGAGCUCGCCGACGACAAGAAGGGCGACGUCGUGUCGGACAUCAAGCCGGCGCCACCUCACUCGCCGUCCCGUCUGGCCCCGUCUGCCGGUACCUCGACCCGCACGACCGCCCGCAUCCGCAAGGUGUCGUCCGCCAACAGCGAGAAGAUGCAGCGCGACCUCGACUCGGUCAGCGAGGCGAUCGAGCGGCUGUACGUCGUCAGCCCGCAACUCGCCAACCAGCGCGUCGAGCCUGACCGCCGCAAGGUGCGCGAGCGGCAGCUCGUCAAGCUUGGCAACGCGAUCGAGCGCCUGAGCCAGGGCCGGCUCGAGGACCAGCGUGCGGUCGCGAUCCCGGCCGAGGAGGAGGCGGAGGAGGACGAGCAGGGCGUCACGGGAGAGGAGAGGAGGAGGGCGCAGACGGUCGAGCGGGAGCAGAGGGCGAUCGACCGCAUGCUCGACCAGAUUGACCGGGCGGCCUCGAGGACGCUCGCCGACCAGCGCGUCGAGCUCAACGGCAAGCGCAAGACGGUCAUCGGCGACCUGCUCGACACCGAGCCCGAGAUCGACGACAAGUACGAGACGCGCCGGCGUACUUACAUCCUCGAGCACACGGGCAAAGGUCGGUUCGACUCGCAGGACGCCAAGCUCCAGACCCGUACCGCCGCCCCGUCCUCCUCUUCGCCGUUCCCUGUCAGCGACGAGCCUGUCACGAUCAACGAGUUCUUCGCCGGCGAGCAGCCUCGUCGCGAUGGCGUCGACGGCGAUGAUUCGUCGCCGCAGCGCAGCCAGUCGCUCCCUGUCGUGCGCAAGAAGUUCUCGAGCCCGUCCCUGUUCCGGGCCAAGCUCGCAGCGGCAGACGAGCCGACGGCGUCAACGGCGUCGACGGUGUCGACGGGCAAGAACGGUUCGUCGCUGCGCUCGGGCCUGUUCAAGAAGCCGGCGGCGCUCGCCAUCGCAGGUCGGCGCGGCUCGUUCGACGCCAACAUCAUGACCGGGCUCGGCGUGUUCGGGACGACCCUGUCGCGCACGUCCUCCACGACUGGAACCGAGAUUCUCGACGUGCCCGCCUUCGACUGGGUCACCGAGGAAUCGCGCAACCUCGGCACGCUCGUCGUCACGUUCUGGCCACGGUCGGCGGCGGCGGGCAAGCGUGCAGCCGACGAGUACGACGUCGUCGCCGUCGAGUCGGACUCGGUCCUCGUCACCUCGGUUCAAGGCGGCCCGGCCUCGCGCCUCUCGCUCCCGUGCCAGGUCGUGCCGCAGAAGGCGACCGUCACGUCGGCGGCCGGCGCUGUCUACGAGAUCAAGCUCGUCACGGCGGGCCUGUCGUCGCCGACCAAGAGCCGCGCCGACCUCGAGGUCCACACGCCGCUCUCGACCGACGAGCUCCGAGCGACAGCUCCCGCCUCGUUCCACUGCGCGAUGUGCGACAUCAAGCUCGUCGACGCGACCCGCAUCACGCGCUACAACGCCCUCCCGAGCGAGCACUGGGCCGAGCUUCUCGACGCGUGGAUGUGCCACCAGGACCAGACGCUCUCGGACGACCUCAUCGCCAAGGGCAAGGGCAUCAAGCCUCGCGACGACGAGGGCCUGGUCGGCACGAGCUACGUCCUCCUGCCGCGAGCGGUGACGAGCAACUGGGCCUCGCCCGAUGUCGAGCCGACCAAGGCCGACAACGGCGACCUCAUCUACCCGGCGCACUGCAGCACGUGCUCGACCCUCAUCGGCGCAAGCGUCUGCCCCGUCGACUCGACCGUCGGCGAGCCGACCGCGCUGCGCCUCCUCAAGUACGCGACCUACCCUGUCUCGUCCUCGAUCGACACGCCGGCGACCCGACACAGCCUCUCGAGCUACGUCACCGCCGAGCUGCUCGAGACGGGCCAAGCCCAUGCGUGCCACCGGUUCGUGCUCGAGGAUGCCGAGACUGAGAAGGCAAGAUUGCUCCUGUGGUUCUUCAACCCGGCAAUCCGCGUCGCCUUCUCGACCACCGCGAGCGCGGCCUCGGCGCUCGAGCCGCCAACCUCGUCCUCCCCGUCCGCCUCGGCAUCUUCCUCGCCCGACGUGGCUCGCCGACGCUCUACGUCGACCUUGAAGACGACGACGAGGUCGCUCAACGCCGUCAAGGUCUUCUACACGGACGUCAAGGGCGAUUCCGAUCCCGCCUGCCUUCCUUUCACGCAGGCCAAGAACGAGCGCGUCGCAUACCCUCGCGCUGUGCUCGAUCGCGUCGACGAGCUGCUGCGGGCCAGCACGCUCGUCUACCCGCCCUCGAAGCGGCGCUUCGGCGACCUCGCCGUUGGAUUUCUCGAGCGCAUCUAG